UUCAUUCACAGCGGUUGUUUUCUCUUUUGUGUUAAUGACAAUUUCUUCUUCUUUAUUGCCGCACUGCAACGCGCUAAUUCCACAAAUUCGCUGAAAUCAAACAAUGCUUUUUAAUUGGAAGCUACUGCUACAAGAUGUCCAUGGCUAAAUAUCUGAACCGCUCGGUGGGAAAAGCUGGCAAGGAUGUGGCUGCCAGGAUCUGCAGCCUGAAACCCACGGAACCGGAGCACCAAGUGAUUCACCUGACCGCCGGCGAGAAUUUCGUGGGACGCAGCCGGGAAACGGGAAUCCGGGAUUCCAAGUGCUCCAAGCGGCAAAUCGAAUUGCAGGUGGACAUGAAGAAGGCCGUUGUGGCCCUGAAAGUUCUGGGGGUGAAUCCUUGCGGCGUCAAUGGCGUGAUGGUGAUGCAGGAUUCGGUAUGUGAGCUGAAGCAUGGCGAUCUGGUAGAGAUCGUCUACGGCAGGCAUCCCUUCGAGGUGGUUUUCAGUCCGCCACCAAUGGAUGACCAGAAGGAACCUGCUCUAUCGCCCACUUCAUCAUCGGUUUCCCCCGAGAUAGCCGAGAAAUGGGACUCCGCUGGCAAUGGCAAACUGGUAAUCUUCACCAGCAACGGUGUGAGACCCUCGGAAAAGAUAGCCGGCUAUGAUAUGGAUGGCACCAUUAUUAAAACCAAAUCCGGUCUGGUUUUCCCCAAAAACACAGACGAUUGGCAGAUCAUAUUUCCCGAAGUUCCAGAGAAACUGAAGAGCCUUCACAAGGAUGGGUUUAAGAUCUGUUUCUUUACUAACCAAGGGGGCAUAGCUCGAGGAAAAGUCAACCUUGAUGACUUUAAGGUCAAGAUCAAGCAAAUUGUGGCCAAACUAGGAGUUCCCGUUCAGGUAUUUAUAGCCAUUGGAGAUGGCUUCUACCGCAAACCGUUGACUGGAAUGUGGCAGCAUCUUAAAAACGAAAUGAAUGAAGGCCUGGAGAUCCAGGAAGAUCGCUGUUUCUAUGUGGGCGAUGCAGCUGGAAGACCGGAGACGGGCAAGGGAGUCACCAAGCAGCGUAAGGAUCACUCUUUAGCCGACAGACUCUUUGCCGCCAACAUUGGACUUUCCUUCUACACGCCAGAGGUGCAUUUUCUGGGCAAACGAGUAGAGCAGUGGAACAAGCCGGACUUCGAUCCCACUGCCGUACAUGACCAGUUGACUCUGCUUGAUCCAGAUGACCUGACCUUCGAGGGCCACCCCUGUGAAAUGGUCAUAAUGGUGGGGCUGCCUGGUUCCGGAAAAAGUCACUUCUGCAGCGCCUUUUUCCAGUCGCGGGGCUACAAAAUGGUCAAUGCGGACACCUUGGGAAGCACUCAGAACUGUCUGACUGCCUGCAAACGUUUCCUCGACUCGGGAAAGUCCUGUGUGGUGGACAACACCAAUGUGGAUACAGCAUCUCGCAAGAAAUUCCUGCAGCUGGCAAGCGAUAUGAAGGUUCCCUGCCGCUGUCUUGUGAUGAACGUGCCCGUGGCUCAGGUGAAGCACAACAUCGCUUUCCGCGAGUUAUCCGACUCCACGCACUCCAAAAUCAAGGACAUGGUCUUUAACAUGAUGAAGAAGAAGUAUCAGGAACCAGCACUAGAUGAAGGAUUCGAAUCAAUACACAGAGUGAACUUUAAGCCAGAGUUUGCCGACGACAAGCAGGAGAAACUAUACAAAAUGUACUUGUUGGAGAAGUAA